UGUAACGACCGGGGUCUGACCGAGGUCCCCGAGGGUCUCCCCAGCGAAGCCACCACCUUGUUCCUCCAAAACAACCGGAUCGGUGACGCGGGGAUCGCGGCGCAGUUGGCGCAGCUCCCGGCUCUGCGCGUCCUUUACCUCUACGCCAACGUCCUGGAGCAGCUCCCGGCGUAUCUACCCCCCACCUUGAAGGAACUUCACCUGCAGGACAACAACGUGAGGCGGUUGUGUCGCCGGGCGCUGGCGCGGGCGCCGUUGUUGGAACGUUUACACCUGGAUGAUAAUUCGGUGUCGGUGGCGGAGAUCGAAGAAGACGCUUUCGCCGAUAACCGGCGCUUGAGGUUGUUGUUCUUGUCCAGGAACCACCUGAGUAGUGUCCCCCCCGGGUUACCCCCGGCCUUGGAGGAGUUACGGUUGGAUGACAACCGCAUUCACACCAUCCCCCUCCGCGCUUUCGAGGGGUUAUCGGCUCUCCGGCGCUUGGUUCUUGAUGGCAACCUGUUGGCCAACCAAAGGAUGGCUGAUGAUACCUUCAGUAGGUUGGGGAACUUGAGUGAACUCUCCUUGGGGCGUAACGCUUUAGCUGCCCCCCCGGCUAAUUUACCCCGAGCUCGUUUACGGCGUCUCUCGUUAGCGGCCAACGCCAUCAAUCACGUCCCCGUUGGAGCUUUGGCCAGGAUGGAGGCGUUGGAGAGGUUGGAUCUGUCGGAUAAUAAUUUAACCACGUUGCCACGAGGACUUUUUGAUGAUUUAGGGAGUUUGAGUCACUUGGGGUUGAGGAACAACCCCUGGUUCUGUGGUUGUAACUUGGCUUGGUUGAGGGAUUGGUUACGGAGACGAGAACCUCAAGGGUUGGAGGUCAAAGGGUUGUUUUGUCAAGCGCCGGCGAGGUUACGGGGGUUGGCGGUUGGGGAGUUGAGGGGGGAGAUGGAUGGUUGUGAAGGAACCGGGGGGAAGAUGGCGGCACCGGGGGGGGAGUCGGGG